AUGAGGCGUGGGUUUGGGAAAGGGAGGCAGAGGAGGGUCUGUAAAAGAGCGAGAUAUGAGGAGUGGGUUUGGGAAAGGGAGGCAGAGGAGGGUCUCGGAGGAGGGUCUCGGAGGAGGGUCUCGGAGGACGGUCUCGAAGGGACCAACUGGCACCAAUACCACCGUCGCCCCCGACCCCAGCCAGGGUCCAUCAUCCUGGGCAACAGAGGGCUGAAGGUCCCCCGGGGAAGUUGGGUCUACCUGGAUCCUCUCUGUGACCUGGUGACCAGAGUCCUUCCAGGCGACCGCUGUUACAUCACGGUCUUCGACUACGACCGUGGGGUCAUACCGGGAACACUCACCCCAACGAAGUUCCUGUGCGCGUUCGAGAAAGGCCAGGUGAAGUAUAUGCAUUUCGGGUCAAAGGUCAUUACCAGGGAUACGGUGAGGUUACAGGUGAGGUAUGACACGCAGACGGACACGCUGGUUAUACCGCUGACGUUAGAGGUCGAGGUGACCGCGAACGGUCGAGAGGUCGUGACCACGAACACACCGCUGAUCGUGAGCGAGCUGGACGGGAUCUCUAACGCCAUCGAUGGUCAGAGGUUGGGGAUUCCAUUCAGCGGGUUCGGUUCCGGCGGUUCCGCGUCGCAGUGUAAACUCACCUUAUUGGUCGGAACGGGCGGUUUCCCCAGACAUGGAACACUUUUGAAUUACGUCACCAACGGUCAGCCGACGGACUGCGAUGCUUUCGUCAACAUGGAUGUUCGCUAUAAACUCACCCCUUCCUCUGACUCACCUUACAUCGACUACGUCCCCAUGCUAGCAGAGUUACUAGACAAACACGGGAGGGCCACACAGCAGGAGUACUUCCAGAUCACAGUCAGGAUCAGACAGGGUAUCACCAACAGCCCUCCCAGACCCAGCUUUCUCACCAUGAUGAUGAUGGAGGUGGACCAGUUUGUGAUGACGGCCAUCACAAGUGACAUGUUGGCAGCGGAGGACGCAGAGUCCGCCUCUGAUGACCUCAUCUUCAUCAUCCUCACUACGUUGGCUCCGGACCAGGGUGACAUCAUCAGCACGGACGACCAGAACCAGCCAAUUACGUCGUUCCGUCAGCGGGACGUCAAAGACCUGAAGAUCGCCUACAGACCGCCAGCAGAGGAUUCUGGUCAUCCCUCUGAGAGGAUCGUCCAUGUAGAGUUGGAGGUGAUGGAUUCAGACGAGGUCACUUCAGAACGGUUCUCCUUCAUGAUAGUAGUCAAACCCAUGAACACACUGGCUCCUGUUGUCACCAGCAAUACUGGACAGAUGCUGUUCAAGGGCCAGUCCAGACCGCUGUCGUCCAACCAUAACCUCCGAAUCAGCGACGAAGACAACCUGUCAGACGUCAGGAUCACCGUCCUCCGAGGAUGUAAACACGGCGUCCUGACCGUCCUCGGGUCGCCUCUCGGGUCACCGCGGCAACGGAAGUUCUUUACGCCGGCGCAACUUGACGGCGGAGUGGUUGUCUACGAACACGACGGUUCCGAAACGUUCUCCGAUAACAUCCUGUUUCGCAUGACGGACGGGCGAUUCGACGUCGACUUCCUGUUCCCAGUGACGAUCGUCGCCAUGGACGACGAGGCUCCGGUCAUCAAUGUCAACACCGGGUUGAUCCUGUCCCGGAAGGAGACCAAGAUGAUAUCAUCGGUGGUUCUAAGUGCGACGGAUGUUGAUUCCGAAGUCUCGACAUUGAAGUUUGUCCUCGUGGCGCCGUUCUCGACCAUCGGACAGGUGUUUCUCAGACAAUCACACCCACCUGUGGACCUCACUGGAUGGACAUUCAACACCACCGAGCGAGUCUACGAAUGCGUCGUCACCGAAUGGCUCCAACGAGACAUAACAGACGGUAGGCUGUUCUACCAACACACCGGACCUCGUCUCACCUCCACCUUCACUGACCAACUAGUGUUCCGUUGCCAGGACGACAACGUCCCUCCAAACCAAUCAGGCGACAACAUGUUCCUAGUCAGAAUCCACCCGGUCGACGACCUCGCGCCGGAACCCUUCCCCGGUUCCACUCUAGUCCUGACCGUUAAAGAGUACCAACUCACUCCGAUACAGAAGACGUGUUUACGUUUCACAGAUCUAGACUCUGACGACAGAGACCUGAGGUAUAUUAUUGUUAUCCCACCCACUGACACAGACCAGAACCACCCAACACCACUGGGCCAUAUCGUCCUGACUGACAACCCGGAUGUUGUUGUCACUGAGUUCACCCAGGCAGAGGUCAACCACCUCAAAGUCGCCUAUAAGCCACCCGAUCUGGAGUUGGGAACCACUCCUAGAGUGGUACAGUUCACCUUUAUUGUGAAAGAUACAAUAGGACACUCUGUAGAUGGAGUCUUUACUAUCAACCUGCAGCCAGUGGACAACAAACCCCCAGUCGCCAAAACUGGUGUCGACCUCAACGUCAAUGUAAAGAAUACGUAUGUGUUCACUAAGGAUGUGUUGGAUGCAACAGAUCAGGAUACGAGUGCUGAUAAUAUCACGUUCAUCGUGACCCAGGUUCCAAAGUUUGGUGUUCUGAGAUGUGUUGGUGUAGACCUGUCCGUUUGGAACAAUUUCACCCUAGCAGACAUUCACAGGGGUGUGGUAGUGUACAUUCACCGUGGUAACGGUCCAGGAAGUGAUGUUGUAAAAGUGGACGUUAGCGAUGGAUACCACAAGGUUCCCGUGACGAUCAGAAUCAACAUUGUUACUCCGGCUGUCGUGGCAACGGCACCGACGGCCCCUCCAACACCGGGAGAACUACAUAUAAUCAUAGAGGUAAACGAGAACGGACAGAUUCAAAUCACAGGAGACAAAGUCCAGGUCAGCGGCAGGAUGCACGUUGAUGACCUCACCUUUCUCAUCGAACAACCGCCUCGCUUCGGGGUCGUCCAGGUGCAGGGCGCGCCCUCUGAUAGGCUGACGCUGCGUGACAUCCUCGACGGCCAGGUGACCUAUGUCCACACCAGCGGCGAGGUUGGACCUGGGAAACACAACGACACCUUCACGCUCACCGUGAUUGGUCCGUGGAUCUACGGGGGCAACAGGGUCAUUCAGAAGGUCAAAGUUCAGGUGUCGAUACUUCCUAUUGACAGCGUUCCACCCAUACUUCGUGUCGGGGGUCUGUUAAAGGUCACAGAAGGAGAGAAGAAGGUGGUAACAGUAGAGAACAUCAGAGUAGAGGACUCUGACACUGACGCUGACGUUGUUCUCUGUACCAUCCUGGUCCAGCCGACAUUCGGAUACUUAGAGAUCACCUCAGCCAGUCCUGGCUCGGAGAAGUCCAGAGCGGGAAUCGCUGUGACGGCGUUCCACUUCCGAGACGUUCGACUCGGGAAUGUGGUCUACGUUCAGAGUAUACAUAAAGGAACGGAACCCGUCGAGGAUAGGACGACGCUCCAGUGUUCAGACGGAAUCAACCAAUCAGAGAUCAGCAUUUUGACCUUUGUGAUCUUGCCAGACAAUGAUGAGGAGCCUCAGGUGUUCACGCGAGAGUUCGUGGUCAUGGAAGGGAUGAGCCUCGCGGUCGACGUUCCGAUCCUCAAUGUGGUCGACCUCGACGUUCCGGGCGAUGUUCUGGAAUUCGAGGUCGUGGUUCCUCCAGAACACGGGAAGAUCGUCCAGCACCUGGCGACAGGGACCGUUAUCGUUGUGACGUUCACCUUGGAUCAGAUCCGAAGCGGUUCCAUCUUCGUCUACGAACACGAUGGUUCCGAGACAAGACACGACAACUUCACGGUGAAAGUAACGGACGGGAAACACGUCGUAGAGAAGAAGGUCAUCGUCACGGUGAUACCGGUCGACGACGAGACCCCUCGCCUGGCGAUCAACAAUGGGCUGGAGGUGGAAUUCAGUGAAUGGAAAGUCAUCACCAAUAAGAUCCUCAAAGCCACAGAUCUGGACUCAGAGGACAGGACUCUGAUGUUUAUCAUCCGCCAGGGUCCGGGGCAGGGCUGCCUGCAACGUUUAGUCGCUUCACAUAAGGCUUUAGGAAAUAUAACGGUGGGUAUGAACUUUACCCAGGACGACCUCGACUCUGGUCUGAUCCGCUACCUUCACACUGGGCUCGGAGGAGUUCGUGACCUCAUCAAGUUCGACGUCACCGACGGCGUGAACCCUUUAAUCGACCGGUACUUCUACGUGACAGUCGGAGGGGUGGACGCGGUGUUCCCGGUUGUCGUGGUGAAUAGGGGCGUGUCGUUAAAAGAGGGGGGACGGGCGCUCCUCACCACAGACCUCCUCAGCACCUCCGACCUCAACUCCCCCGACGAGCGCCUGACCUUUACCCUGACCCGUGACCCUGCCAGAGGUCGUUUGGAGGUCACGGACCGGCCCGGCUUCGCCGUCACGACGUUUACACAGCUCCAGUUGGCGGGGAGUAAGGUGUUCUAUGUUCACACGGCGGAGGACGAGGCCAGGGUGGACAGCUUCCAGUUCCAGAUCACAGACGGGCGUAACGUGGUCUACCGGACGUUCAGAGUCUCCAUCACGGACGUUGACAACAAGAAGCCUGUCCUGACCAUUCACAGGUUGGUCCUGGUAGCAGGUGAGACCAAGCUGGUCACACCGUUUGAGCUGAGUGUGACGGACAGAGACACUCCAGACGGUCAGUUAAUCUUCACCGUCACCCAACAACCUCUCCACGGCCGUCUGCUCUACAACGGGAGCCGCGUCGCCACGACGUUCACCAAACUGGACCUGAUUGAGAACCUCGUCUGUUACAAACACGACGGAACAUCAAACACCCGACGUGACAGUUUCCUGUUUACCGUGACGGAUGGAACGCACACCGAGUUCUAUGUCUACCCGGAGACCGGUCGCGUUACGGUUCAACCGCAGAAACUGGAGAUACAGGUGAACGUGGUCGACCGUACAGGGCCGCGGGUCUUAGUGAACAAGCCUGUUCCGACCCUGAAGGUUCUCCGUACAGGACAGUUGGGGCUGCUGUUCACCAGUAAGGUCCUGAGGGUGGAGAACCAAGAGAACCGGAGGCGCCAGGGGACCAAGGAGCGAGGCCAGCCCAGGCAGGACAUCACCUUCUGGGUGUCAGAGGCACCGCGCUGGGGGGUCAUCGUCAACACAGCCCUGGGGAACGGCAGUGUCAGCUCCUUCACUCAGGAUGAUAUCAACCAGAGAAGGAUCUGUUAUAUUCUUUCUGCUCGAGUCAACUCUACCAGUGAUGUGUUCUACUUCACCGUCCAAUACAACGGAGGAAACCGUGUGACCCAGCAGCCAUUCCGGGUCCAGUGGGCCUGGGUUUCCAUGGAGACACGUGUGUCUUAA